AUGACGCUCGACUUGCCAUACAAUUUGUCGUUGCCGUUAGCAGUAGAGAACGAGACGAAUUCAACAAACGAUGGUGGUCUCAAAUUAGAUAACGACCUUGGAAUACCAGGGGCUCUCGUUGGCAUCAUUCUUCCCCACGUCAUUUGCACAUUAUUCGUGCUCCUGCGGGUCUGCUCGAGGUUGGCAUGUUUAAAGAAAUGGUUUGUCGAUGACACUCUCAUGGUGAUCGCCUGGAUCUGGUCCACAGCAGUGUGCACUGUUUAUGGACUUGCAGUCCAGGCUCCUGGAAUCAGGGAUGCGAGGAUCACGACAGAAAGCUCCAUCGUCCCGUAUCUUCUUCGGACGUACCUUGGACUCAUCUUUUACCAGCUCUGCCUGUGUUUCACGAAAUUGUCCAUUGCAGCAUUCUACCUCCGAAUGCUGAGCAGUAAACCGGCAAUGCGCUGGCUUUCGUGGGCUACGAUCGUGCUGGUAGUCGGAUUUGGUGUCCCGCUGCUCUUCAUGAGUUUGCUUCAAUGCUAUCCAACAAAAGGCCGUGUGCUGGGUAGGCCGAUGGGCUGUCUGGAUUUCACGGAGCUGCUUGUGUUUAGCUCCUGCAUGCAUACAGCAACCGAUGCUUGGUUGAUUAUAUUGAUCGUUCCCACUAUAUCACGGCUUGAUCUACCUACGCGGCAGAAGGUGGCGCUCACCAUCAUUCUGUCACUUGGCAUCUUUGUUAUUGCCGCAAGUAUGAUACGGCUGCAGCUUAGCCUGCACAAAGAUUUCAGGCCGACUACAGGAGUCCAAGGGUCCAACACAAUGGCUUUCUUCAUCAUGACAGUUCUCGAGUGCGACACCGCAAUCAUCUGCGCAAGCGCCCCCAUGAUACGCCCCAUCAUAUCCAAGAUGUGGCCGCCGUCCCCCAAGGAACAACCACGUAUCCGCCAGCAAGACCGUAGCUUCAAUUUGACGACGGUUGUAAGCUAUCAUGGAUACCCAUGGACCGAACCAAACACCCCUUUGGUCAGAAGUCGAAAUGGGAGUCUAGCAAACAUGCGAGUCUCCAUGCCGAGGCCACCAAUACCAGCCUUCAACUCUAGCCAUCGAACCCCGACGUCGCUAAGUCUUAAGAGCAUGGUGAGCGCCAGGCUCCCAAGAAGCCGUGGCCUGACAAUGACAGGGCCCGACACCACACCCAUUCUCGAUAAGGCUUGUAAUGAGGCCGAGAGCAGAAGAACGUCAGUAGGGUUUGAGGGUUAUGAAGACCAAUACCUCGGGUAUGGAGAAAAGAAGAAAUCAAAAUUCAAGGGUUCGCCGAUCAAAGUGAUUGGCUCUAGCAAGGAAUGGUCUAGUAGCCAGGAGAGUUUCAUGUCUCCCAAAGAUCCGGCUAGUCCAAGGACACUCGGAUCUAACCCAAGGCCAAGUGGCGACACAUCGAAUGAUGAAGAGAGACAUCAUGAUAUCGGAGGAAGCAUUGCGCAGUCUCUUCGGGAUAUCGACAAACCUGAAUUGGACAGGUGA